AUGGGCAUCUCAAGCUUGCCCGUCGAGCUCCUCGAGCACGUCGUGCGCAACUCGGUCGAGCCCGGCGACCUCCCGUGGUCCUACACCGCUCGCUACUCGACCCUGCGCGCCCUCGGCCUCGUCUGCCGUCGAUGGCGCGACGUCGCCCAGUGCGUCCUCCACGAGAGCGUCCUCUCACCGGACGACGUCGCGCUCGAGCUCGUCGCGCGCACUCUGCGCGAUCGUGUCGACCUCGCCCGCCGCGUCAAGCGGCUCGACGUCCACAGCAGUCGGCCGCACUCCUCGCCCGUGCUGCCAGCGCUCCACUCGGCGCUCGACCUCGUGCGCAACGUCGAGGAGCUCUUCCUGGGCCGACCUGGCGAGAUCGACAUCGCGUCCUUGUGGUCGCUCCCAAAGCUACGCGAGCUGUCCAUCUACGCCGCCAAGCUCACCAACAGUCUCGAGCCCGCAUCCGCGUCCACGUCCUCGCCGUCGUCCGACAACCCGCAUCACGUCGCCCCUCAUCUCUCGCACCUGUCCCUCUGCGGCGUUCACGUAGAUGCAGCCGCUGUCGGCCACCUGUCGGCCGCAACGCUCCCCCGACUGCGCGUCAUCGCCCACGCCUUCUCGCCCUCCCGCCUGCGCCUCGACGACUUCCCCUCCUCCCUGCGCACCGUCAGCAACGUGCCACUCCGCGACCACCGUCCCGGCACCGACGAGACGACGCUCUACUGGUCUCGGUUCGAGGUCGAGCCAGACUUGGGCCUCCUCGGCCUGGACGACCUCGACGACCGCACCGGGCGCGACAGGGUCCACCACCUGCGCCUCACCGACGCUUACGGGCGCGACCUCGUCCGCCACUUUAUCGCCUGGGUCGAGGCCCUCCCCAAGCUCGCGACGCUCUUUGUCACGGCGGCCGAAUUGUCGCCCGACGGCGACGACUCGCAGCUCGCGAGCCUGCGCGCCUUCUGCGACGGGCGCCGCGUCGCGCUCGUCGUCGAGGGGCCGCACGACUACGAGCAUGACUGGAGCUCGGUCGUGCCGCUCGCCUGGCGCUGA